AGUGCUUCACACUGUGAUUCGGUCACUGUAAACACAUACAGAACCGCAACUGUAAACUCUGCAAGCAAGAUGUUGGUGUUUUUCGCGGUGGUCUUAUCGUUGUCACUUGCGUCCGCAUUUGCGGACCGAGUGCCGCGCAGUUGUGGCGCUUGCGAACCCAGCCUGUGCGACCCUCUUCCAGAGGAGGGCUGCAAGUCUGGCACGAUUUUCGACUCCUGCGGUUGUUGUUCACUUUGCGCGGCUGGAGAGGGGGAGCCAUGCAGGGGGCGCGGAACCACAGCCAAGCGUUGCGCCUCUGGGCUGGAGUGCGUAAAGAGCGACAAGAACAAGAAGACAAAGCUCGGCGUUUGCGCCUGCAAGACCAACUACGAAAUGUGUGGCUCUGAUGGAGUGACCUAUAAAACUGGCUGCGACUUGAAAGUUGCCAGCCUGAAAUCGGUGAGCGAGGAGAAGCCAGAAAUCAAAGUCCUGAAUAAAGGAAAAUGCGCAACAGCACCUGUCAUUGUGACGGCCCCUGGUGAGGUCUACAAUGUCACAGGCUCCCAGGUGUACCUGAGCUGCGAGGCCAUUGGAAUCCCCACCCCCGUGAUCACCUGGAAGAAGGUCACCAGCGGAAAACAGAGAAUGGAGCUGCUUCCAGGAGACAGAGACAACCUGGCCAUUCAGACCCGUGGAGGACCUGAGAAACAUGAGGUCACUGGCUGGGUCCUGAUCUCGCCGCUCACCAAGAAAGAGGCUGGCUCAUAUGAGUGCCACGCUGUCAACGCCAAAGGAGAGGCCUCAGCGGUGGGCACCAUUCACGUGGUGGAGUCCAUCGAUGACAUCCCUGUCAAGAAAGUGACCAAGGAUGAUGAGCUGUAAGGCGUCUCAGCACAGUAGAGCCUCAGUGGCAGCUCCUGACAGGAUCAGGAGAGGAGGGAGCAGCCCCGACCAUCCCACCAGUAGACCUGUACAAUGACUAAGAAAGAGGACCAAUGGCCACCAUUAGCAUCCCAGAGAUCCAUCAGAUUUAUAUUUGAUAACGUUGCCAUUUUGUCAAUAUUUUUUUGUAUAUUUUAGUAGCCACUCUUAUCCAGAGCAACUUUCAGUCGUGAGCGCAUACAGUUUUAAAAAAAUCAUACUGGUCCCCUAUUGGAUCAAACCCACAACCCUGGCUUAGUAAGUGCCAUGCUCUACCAACUGAGCCACACAGGACCUGUAACAAGUCCCAUUUUUCAUAGUCAUAUUCAGUACACUGUAUUGUAGAUAUAGCCAUCCACAAGAUGCAUCUAGGCCUCUAGACACACACGUCAUUCAGCACUAGGUACACAGUGUACAAAACAUUAGGAACACCUUCCUAAUAUUGAGUUGUAUCCCCUUUUGCCCUCAGAACAGCCUCAA